AUGGCUGGGAUAAAAACUACUUUAUUCGUCUUUCUGCAUUAUGCGCUCCAGUUGACGGCAUCCCGCGAGGUGACUGUUCCAGAAGGACCGCUUUACCGCGUGGCUGGCUUCUCCCUUUCCUUGCCCUGCGCCGUCUCUGGCUAUGAAGGCCCGCGAACGCAGGACUUUGAGUGGUUCCUGUACAGGGACGACUCCGGCGGAAGACCGAUAGGAGUGGUAUCCACCAAAGACAAAGGCUUCCCCUACGCCCCCUUCCAAGCCCGGGUGAGGAACGGGGAAGUGAGGGUGGACCGUGACUCCGGCGACCAUGUGAGGCUGGUGUUGCAAAGGCUACGCACCGACGACCAGGGCAAAUACGAGUGCUACACGCCAAGCACGGACAACGUUUACCAGGGGUCAUACAGUGGCUCUGUAGUCGUCAAAGUGAUCCCUGACACACUCCAGAUAAGCUACACCCGCUCCCUGACCGGACAGCCCCUCCCCGAAGGCGCCGAAUUAACCCUGACGUGCUCGGCCAGCAUCCGCUCGGAGCAGCUCACCCACCUGUCCGUCACUUUCGGGAAGCGCGGAGGCCAAGCGGGCUCUAGCGGGGCGGCGGGACCGGAGCUCAGCACGGUGCGCGAGAUCAUCUCCAUCGACAAGCUGCUGGGCGUUGUGCCGGGGCGUGCCUAUAAAAAGCGCUAUGAUGACGGCGAUAUUACUUUGGAGAAGCGCAAUGGCGAUGGCGGCCAGGAUGUCUACGUUAUGAAAAUGAGGGUGCUGCAGCCUGUAGACACAGGAGCAUAUUUCUGCGAGGCCGCACAGUGGAUUCGUGACCCGGACCGCUCGUGGCAGAAGAUUGCCCACAGGACGCUGGACAUUGGAAACCUGACUGUUAAGCAACUCUCCGAGUCUCUGAGUGUGACAUCAUCACCCCAAGGUGAGGUGACCCUGCAAGUGGGUUCGCCUCUCCUUCUGACCUGCGACGUCAACGGGCUGCCUUCCGACGUCAACUCCGGCCUGCAGGUCCAGUGGAUGAAGAGGGGGUCUGCAGGUGGCGAGCUGGUCGGGUCUGGAGGCGUGGAGGUGGAGGUGGCCAAGAUGAGCCCAGACGGCGUUGUGACCUGGGGCGACGACAUUAGCCGAGCCAGCGGCGGCUCUAUGGAGAAAGUGGGGGAGGCCAGCUACUCCCUGAAAUUGUUCUCGGCACGACCCUCCGACUCUGGAGUUUAUCGCUGCAUGGUGAGCGUCUACGCCGGACGCAGGAUCCCUGCUCCUUCUACUCCAGCGACACUCACACUGAGGUCUGAUGGCGUCACCGUCAAUCUCAAGACCAAAGAUGUCGUAGUUUCCGCGAGGGCUCAAAUUGCCCGAGGCCCGCUGCUGAAACGGGGCAGCACCAUCACCGUCCUUUGCACCGCCACCAUCACAACCACUGGCCCCGCCCAGGCUCAAGUGCAGUGGCUACGUUGGCCCAUCCCCGAGCCGCAGAUCAGGAGGGUGACGAGCCCCAUGCCCGAGCCUGCUGUCCAAGCGGAUCCCCGGCCGGUCGCUGCGCUCACGUAUGACGGCAUCGUGGAGAUCUACACCAAUGGCAGUGAGGUCAGCGUGGACCGCCUGUCUGCUGUCAGCUACCGGCUUAGAGUCCACACGGCCACUAUUGAAGAUCAGGGCAUGUAUGCGUGCCACGCCGAAGCCUGGGGUCAAGAUCCACAUGGAGGAUGGUACAACUCUGGGGUCAAGGCAGAGUCUAAUGCAGUCACUGUUUACUUGUAUGCCCGAGUUGCCGACCUCCUCCUGAUCCCCCUAGUGGUGGGCGUAUCAUCUGCCCUGUUUGUGGGCAUUACCAUCAUCGCCACGGUGACCUGCUGCUUCAUGAAGCGUCUGAACAAACAGCGAGCUCGGAGGUAA